AUGGAAGAAGACGACUCCGAUUCCGAUUGCACAGUGCUGCUGAUAGACUUUGUUAAUGAACCUCAGAAAGUCGACGCCAAAAGGCGGAGAUUGAGCCAUUUACAAGAUAGGAGCAAACAAGCAGGACAUGACGAAAACACAGCACGAAAUGAUGUAAGUCAAAAUAUACAAACAGAUUUACCAAAGAAUAACAUCGAAAAGAACUGGCUUAUAACAAAAUAUUUAUCAGGCAUCAAUAAGGCUAAUAUACGAAAUAAUACCUCUCAUGAAAAUGCGCCUAAAUAUGCACUUGUUUCUAAAACUUAUGCUGGAAAUACUGAAAAUACAGCUAAAUUUAACGAUAUUGUCAUAUGCCUGGAUUCGGAUGACGAAACGGAAAGCAAUGAAAAGUCUCAAAACCAAGACACAAAUAAAGGUCUGACUGAGAUUUCUUCUGCUAAUGAUCUCUUACAUGAAACAAAAUUAAUAGUGCUCAAGCCUGCAGCGAUCAACGCUCAGAGACCUACUACCAAUAUUUUUGAAAGUAAUCAAAUGUUUUCUAACGAACACGUGUCACAAAGACCAAAAGGAAAUGAACCUGCCAGACUUAAAGUCUUAAAACGGUCUAUAAUUACUGAACAAAAAGCAACAACGCAUUUUGAAGAAAAUAAUUUAAAGCGUAAUUCGAGCAAUGGAAAAGAGAACAUAUCGAAAAAUGAUAAAAUGGAAAGUGGUAAUAAUAAACUAGCUGAUAUAGAUAGUUAUAGAUUUAUACCUCCUAGAUUGUCUCCAUUAGAAAGUAAUAUCCCUAAUACUACCAGUAGUACUAGUUCAGGCACUAAUGCUGGUAUACGUGUUGCGUCUCAGGCUGAAAAUAGUCUAACAUCAAUUUUAACCGUGUCAAAUAACAAGUUAUAUACCAAUAUUUCCGAUAGUACUAUCAUAGAUAAUAAAGAUUUUCAACAAGAUACAGAAAAUAAAACAGUUGCAAACAUAAAAGCAAAGCGAUACGGUAAUAAUGAAACACAAAUAGAGCCUAAACGCAUUAAAAUGAACCUGAAGCCAAAAUGCUCAGUCAAACAACAUGCAGAUACUGAACAGAUGAUUAAUGAAAAGUGUAAAGCGAAUGUUAUGCGUGAGGAAAUAAGUAACGAAGAAAUAGGUCAAGAACUUCGUGAACAAGAAACGUGUGAUCGUGAUAAGCAAAAUAGAAGCAAAAUGCAAGAAAAUCGAGAUGAAACAGUACAAAGUGAAGCAAACAUUGAGCCAGUAACCUUCAAAGAUAAUGACUCAGCAAAUGAAGAACUAAAUGCAGAAGGUGCUAUCAAAAUACUAAAUAAAACAACACUAAGCACGACAAACGAAGCGCAAGAAUCGAAACAAGUUCAAAAUGAGCUCGAAAUUAUUAAAGUUCAAAACGGGCAAAUAAAAAGCAAAGCAUGUGAUAAGCAAGUAACAAACAAUCUAUCCAGUAAAAACCAAAAAACAAGCCAAGUCGUUAAUGAAACAGCACCAACUGAGGCAAACACUGAGCCAGAAACCUUCGAAGAUCAAGAUUCAGCAAAUGAAGUAUUAAAUACAGAAGGUGCUAUCAAAUUACUAGAUAAAACAACACUAAGCACGACAAGCGAAGCGCAAGAAUCGAAACAAGUUCAAAAUGAGCUCGAAAUUAUUAAAGUUCAAAACAGGCAAAUAAAUAGCGAAGCAUGUGAUAAACAUGAAACAAACAAACUAUAUGAAGAGCAAAGAACAAUUGAAACACUCAAUAGAGAAGACAAAGAAGAAGAAACACGCCAAGUAAGCGGUGAACAAACUACAAAUGAAUCACACACCAAGCAAGGAACGGAUCAGCUAAAUAAAACACCAAGAGAAGAGGAAAAACAAAAUGAUGACAGUGAAGAUCCAGUUGCAGAUAAUGUUGAUAAUUCAAACACGAACUGUGGGAAUGUAGAUGGUGCAUCAGAAACUAUUACCACCGAGAAUAUUUCCAACCAAACCACCACCAACUCUAGAAAGAUAAGAAAACCAAGUACUAGUCGUGAUAUGAGUUGCAAUAAGGACGAAGAAAGAUGUGACAGUGACGAAACUUCGAGUAAAUCAAGCGACGAAGAUGACGACGAUAAAAGGGAUGAAAAUAAAACAAAGACAUUGCAUACAAGCGGAGAAGAAGAUAAUAACAGUUCAUCAUCCACUGAUAGAGUCACUAACGUUGAACAGGUCAAUAGCACAAGGGACGGUAAACUUAGAAAACGUUGCAAGGCUAAUAAAGGUGAAAACGCCAGCGAUAGUGACUGGAGUCCGGUUAGUAAUUCAGAUUGUUUUAAUGAAAGCUCUACUAGAGAACGAAAAGCCCACAAAAAUAAAAGAUGUACAGGAAAUACAGAAACAGUUAGUGAAGAUGAAAUUAUAAAAGCAUCUGAUUACUUAACUAGAAGGAGAAAAAAACGCACCACUAAGCUCUUUGGUGCUGAACGUCAAGGCUUGCGUGCAACUACUCUACAAAAAACAGCUGCAAGCGAAGAAAGUGAUAGUGAUUGGAUAGUCAGUGAUGAAAAUAGUCAUGAAAGUGCAGACAGUUUUGAUGAAAUGAAGUAUUGUGAUAGUCAGAAUACAGGCAUCGAUGAGAGUACUGAUAAUGAAAUGGAGGAAGAUUAUGACAGUCAGAAGACAGAUGUCAGGGAUAGUAAUGAUGACAGUAAUUUAACUACUGACGAAGAAUACCUACCAGUUAGUAACAAUAAAACCCUAAUCACAUCAAUGCGCACAAGUAAGAAAAGGAAACAAAGCUUUUUAAAGUUUGUUAAUGAUUCAAUUGAUACCGAUGAAACAGAUGGCGAUCAGCAAGUAGCGAGCGAAGAAAGUGACAACGAACUAUUAACAGGUCCCGAUAAUCAAUGUGAUAAUAAUGAAAUUGCUUCAGAAAGCUUCGGAGAAGAAAGGCUUAGUGAGGAUGAAAUUAUAAAAGUGUCUGAGAAUACCCGUAAAAAGAGGAAAGAACGCAUGUCGACUCUUUUUGACGAUGAUAUUGAGAUUUCAUUACAAAAUAACGACGGUAAUGCACAAGAACAAACAAACAAUUCAACUAAUCAUAUUAUAUCCGUCGUUGAUAAAAGUGGAAAUAAAGAUGUUGAAAUUAAUAAAAGUCAUGCGGAGAGACCUGAUUUGAGAAAAGGUGAAAAUGGUCUUGAAAACUUUAUAAAUGUAGCAGACCACCAAGUACAAAAUAAAGAAGUAUACUGUAAAACAAAUGAUAGGGAUCUAGCAACUGAAUCUAGCAAUACUACGGUGGUUAGCGAACAGAAUAACACUAGUAAAUUAAGCAACGUGAUACUCCGCGACGAUGAUCGCCUCGAGAUAGACCUGAUUGACUGUCUUCUUAAAGAGUACAAUACUCGUGAUGAACAGCGAAAUGAUUCAUAUUUAGAGAUACAUAUGUCACUUCACCAUUCUGCAACAAAAUAUGAAUUUAGAGUACAACAAAUCACCUUCCAAGAAGAACGCGAUUAUGACAGCUCUGAACCAUUAGAAUCUACCACAGAUAAUAAUGUUGAAGACUUAAAUAUUAAAAAUGAGAUGUUAAAGGAUGAAACAUUAUCACAAGGUGACAUAAAUAUUAAUCAGGAAGAUUCAGAGAUCUUAAGUUCAUUAGAAGGUAGAGUUCAACAAAUGUCGAUUAAUGCAGAUUCAGAUAUUAAUAUAGAGGUGAAAAAAAAUGAGUUACUGUCACAAAAUACCAAUGACAAUAUAGAUACUAUAGAAGGAAAUAUAAAUAUGAAUAGCAUAGCAGAUAAUUCGGCACAAAUAAUGUUUACUGCUGACGAUGUCAAUUUUAAAGGAGACUUCAAGAAGAGAGAUAGUAAAAAAACCCUGGAUAUUUAUAAAGAGGAUUUCGCAAACAAAAUUACAGUAGUUAAUGCAACACAAAUAGAGUCUAAUGUUGAAGAUUUAAAUAUUAAACAAGAGAUGCUAAAAAAUGAAGUAUCUUCACAAAAUACUAUUGAAGAGGACAUACAAGAAUACACGAAAGCUUUCGAAGAACAUUUGGAGUCCGUUGCUUCUGUACAAUUAUUGGUUAUUGAUGAAGACUUAAAUAAUAAGAAAGAGAUGUUAAAAGACGAAUCAUUUUCACAGAAUACCAAUGAAAAGAAUAGUCAACAAAGUCAAGAUGUUAUCGAAGAGAAUUUAAUGAAAAAAACUGCAACGACGAUAGACGAUGCUGCACAGAUCAAUUCCAACGUUGAGGAUUUAAUAACUAAAACAGAUGUGCUAAAAGAUAAAACAUUAUCAGAAAAUACUAUUGAAGAGUCCACGGAAGAAAAAACGGAAAUAUCCGAAAAAGCUGAACAGAAUAGAAGUUCAACAAAUAUUCUACUCGUUAUUCAAGGUCACAAUAUUAAAGGAGACAUGUUAAAAAACGAACUUACGAGACAAAAUACUAAUAUAGAUAUUCAAAACCGUCUGCAUAUGGAAGACUUCGUAAACAAUAUAGAAAAUCCGACACAAGAGAUAUUUUCUAAUGUAGCCUUAAAUGUCCACUCAUUAAAAUCAGGAGUAAAUAAUGAAGAAAAAAAUUUGGAAAACAAAAAUGCUGUUGUAGAUCUAGAAACAGAAAAUUCAAAAGUUGUGGAAUCUGAAGAUGCUAUUGUUAUAGAAGACUCGGAUGAUGGUGAUGUUGAAUUGAUUGGAGUUGUAAAUAGGGUUUUCAAUAUCCGUCAAUUUUUCAGAUCCGGAUAUUGA